ACGCGUUUUUUACGAACGUCUUACUCUUCGUCUUUACUCUCAAUCAUCAAAACUAUUCGUGUCUUUGAAGUACAACAAAGUUUCCUCCUUUACUCAUACCGAAAAUCUAGCUUCGAAUCACAAUGCCUCCUAAAGCAAACACUUCAGAUCUUCAUGUCGCGAAGCUCUUCUCAGUCAAGGACUAUGUGUGCGUAGUGACUGGAGGUGGCUCUGGUAUUGGCCUUAUGGCUGCUCAAGCACUCGCUGCAAACGGCGCAAAAGUAUACAUUACCAGUCGACGCCAAGAGGCCCUUGAUACCGCAGCAAAGUCACACAGCCCGGAUCAAGGCGGCCAGAUCAUACCACUUGCACCUUGCGAUGUGACUAAGAAGGACGAUUUGGAGCGCAUGUAUCAGGAGUUGGCGUCCAAGGAGAAAUACAUCAACCUUCUUAUUGCAGCAGCCGGUAUCUCAGGCGAGAAGGGUAUCCCAGACGCCGACGAUGCUACUGAUAUGAAGAAGAAGCUAUUCGACAACGAGACAUUCGAGGGCUGGGCUGAGACUUACAACACCGAUGUCACGGCCGUAUACUUCACCACUGUCGCCCUUCUGCCGCUCCUCCAAGCUGGAACCGAGAGCCACGGCCACCUCUCCGCCUCUGUCAUCGUUAUCUCUUCCAUGUCAGGAAUCAUGAAGAAUGCACAAGGCCACUUCAGCUACAACGCUGCCAAGGGCGGAACCGUUCACUUGAGCAAGCUCAUGUCGGCUGAGUUCCAACAGCUUCGCAUUCGGGUGAACAGCAUUGCUCCUGGCUACUUCCCGUCGGAGAUGACGGCAAAGGAGAGUGAUGAGAACCAGAAGAGCGACCUGCCAGACGAGAAGAUCCAGGAGAAGGGCCACGUCCCACAUGGGCGGGCGGGAAGCGAUGCGGAGAUGGCACAGGCCGUCAUCUUCCUCACCAAGAACUCAUACGUCAACGGCCAGAUUUUGACCGUGGAUGGUGGUGUGCUCAACGUUGUGAGCUCUUAGGAGGAGAAUGGUGGGAUGGAAUAUAAGAGGGGUGACUGAAAGUAGUCUGAUGACAAGAACAAUGAUACCACUAUACCUGAA